CUCAUAUGGCCUCGAGAUGGGAACAGAUCCAAGAUGUCAAGACUGAGAGACAUCUUGAGAGGAGAAGGUCCCGACAUGCAUGUGACAAUAGGUGCUGAGAAAGACGAUUACAUGCACAUCCGGCAAAGGAAGAGUCAGUGGGCGCGCCAUAGGAACCUCGACAACAGUGCACCGGAUUAUUCACUGAAAACCAAUCUUCCGGGAACAAAGAUCAAUCCUUGUGAAGCGUACGACUUCAGGACUCGCAAGUACGUGCAUCUGCAUAGGGAUAUGUGGACAGAUGCAUUGCGCAUGCCGGAUCCGAGAGAGACCUAUGGCUAUCCGUAUGCUCUAAGGGACAUAUAUGGCGAGUGGAAGCAGCUUGAUCCGCACUGGUUGGAUCAUGAAUUCGGUGGA